AUGGAGAAUCUUCCCACAGAGCAAUGGGCACAAGUUGUCGAAGAAACCGGCAAACCCGUCGUCUACAAGAGAAUUCCCGUUCAAAAGCCAGGACCCGAUGAGGUUCUCGUAAACAUUAAGUUUUCCGGCGUUUGCCACACCGAUUUACACGCCAUCAAUGGCGAUUGGCCUUUAGCCACCAAACUCCCUCUUGUCGGAGGCCACGAAGGUGCCGGAAUUGUCGUUGCUGUUGGUAGUCUUGUUCAAGAUGUUAAGAUUGGCGAUCAUGCCGGUGUAAAGUGGCUUAAUGGAAGUUGUCUCGCAUGUGAUUUCUGUCAACAAGCCGACGAACCACUCUGCCCAAAAGCCUUACUCUCGGGUUACACAGUCGAUGGAACAUUCCAAGAAUACUGCAUUGCCAAAGCCGCACACAUUGCGCGAAUCCCCAAAGAAUGCGAUCUCGAAGCCAUUGCCCCCGUUCUCUGCGCCGGCAUCACCGUCUACAAAGGACUUAAAGAAUCCGGCAUACGACCUGGUCAAACUGUCGCGGUUGUUGGUGCCGGAGGUGGAUUGGGAUCGCUUGCUUGCCAGUAUGCCAAAGCCAUGGGUCUGGAUAUCAUUGCCAUUGAUGGAGGAGCCGAGAAGCGGGCGAUGACCGAGGAAUUGGGUGCGCAGCAUUAUGUUGACUUUAUGUCGAGCAAGAACUUGGUCAAUGAUGUUAAAGCCUGCACACGCGACGGACUCGGACCACACGCUGUUAUCUUGGUUGCUGCAAAUGAGAAGCCAUUUCAACAAGCUGCAGAAUAUGUUCGACCCCGCGGUACUGUCGUCGCUAUUGGCCUUCCAGCUGGUGCUUAUCUUCGUGCGCCUGUUUUCGAGUCCGUUAUCAAGAUGAUUACUAUCAAGGGAUCAUAUGUUGGUAACCGCCAGGAUUCUGCUGAGGCUAUAGAGUUUUACAGACGUGGUCUUAUUAAGUCUCCGUUUAAGACAGUUGGUCUGAGCGAGUUGCAGAAGGUCUAUGAUCUGAUGCAAGAGGGCAAGAUUGCUGGUCGAUAUGUGGUUGAUACUAGCAAGUGA